AGUAUAAUUUAAGCUGAAGACCAUGGAAUAACUAAUAUAGCAACCAAGUCUGCAACCAGGCACAAUAACGAUUGAUAACUUGCUUGGAGAGUACGGCACAUUUACUGGUUCCUGAAUAGGGGGGUUUGAAAUAUUAUUACAUUGUUGGAAUGCUGAUUGUCUGAAGACAGGUUGUUUUUCAUGAGAAGAACAUGUUUUGGGCAGGCCUGGAAUGUUCUGUCACAUAGAAACGGCUGUGUAAAGAAUGUGGUGACUGUUCUAGAAAGAUCUUGUAUCCGGGAGUACAGAACAUUCACCACGGGAUAUCCUCAAAACAACAAAACUGGAAAUGUUAGUCAUGUUAGGAAUAUGAAGAGGCGCCCUGUCAUAACACAACACAAACCCACUAAAGGUGUCUAUGUGAAAGAUACAGACAUUCAGGCAGAAUAUGGACUAAAAGAAGAAGAUUUGGAAGGAAUUCCGUUCAAGACACUGCGCGACGCAUACGAGCAGGAACAACACAUGUUUCCGGGAGGGCGUUACGCGCGCAGGGUGUAUCCCCGUGAAUUGGUGGUCAAGCGAGCCCUUCAGAAAUACAAGACAAGGUUGAAUAUGAAGCUGCAGAGUAAGAAGUAUGUCCACACAGAGGAAGAGGAAGAUGACAUCGCUGAUGCAUUGGGAAGGUUACUUAAAAUACUAACCAAAGAGGACAAGGCUCUCAAAAAUCAGAAGUCAAAGAAUUCCUGGUAUGCAAAUGAAGAUCACAAACGUGUACAGAUUAUCUCAUCUUUAAAGGUCGUGUCUUUUAGCAUUGGAACAAACUUUGCUGUGGCUAUUUUAAAGUUUGGUUCAUACUUCUACACAGGCAGUGCAAGUAUGUUAUCAGAAUCGAUACACAGCGUUAUUGAUACCAUGAAUCAGUUGUUUCUUGCAUUUGGUCUUAUCUAUUCCUUGAAGAAGCCACAUUCUGAUCACCCAUAUGGAUUCGACAAAGCCAGAUACGUAUACGCGCUGAUAUCAGGGGUCUCAAUAUUUGAGAUAGGAUGUGUGUACACUAUUACUCACGGAGUCUCACAGCUCUACAACCCCUCACUUGUUCUCGAUCAUUCUCUCUCCACGGCCUACGCUGUAUUGCUAUUCACCGCGGUUAUAGAAGGAUGGUCCCUAAGUUUCGCUUACAGACAAGCUAAGAUACAGUCUCAACUUGAGGGGGUUUCUUUCUAUCAUUACAUAUUCAAAGGGUACGAGCCUAACACAAUAGCAGUGUUAGCGGAGGAUAUCGCAGCCACACUUGGAGUUGUCAUUGCUGGAACCAGUAUUGGUUUGAGUGCCUAUACUGGUAACCCCAUGUACGAUGCGCUCGGUUCUAUUGGAAUAGGGACCCUGUUAGGUGGCAUGGCUAUCUUCAUCAUUGUGAGAAACAAAGACGCUCUUAUAGGCAGGUCGAUGAACAGUAUGAAGCAAACUACGAUAGUUAACAUGCUGGAAAGAGAGGAGACUGUGUUAUCAGUUAAUGAUGUCAAGUCCAUGGUCGAGGGCCCUAGUUACGUACGCUUCAAGGCAGAGAUAUUCUUCAACACAGAGAUUAUCACGAAAAAGUACCUGGAUACGCUAGACACAACUUCAUUACUGAGGGAAGCACAGUCGCUGAAAACGGAGACUGACAUGGAGAAUUUCAUGAUGGAACAGAACCAAAGAAUGGUGGACACGCUGGCUAUAGAGGUGGACAGAUUGGAGUACCUAAUCAAGAGGAAGUAUCCAGAAAUAAGGCACGUGGACUUGGAGCUGCUCUAGAGAAAUCUCGACUACUGCUAUCAUCAUCGUCUCGUUAAUGUCGAUAAUUCCUCGCUGAUUAUUCCAAUGCUAUAUCACGUGACUAGUUCGUCAAGUGAGCAAGUGACCGGGUUAUGACCUGUAUACAGAAUCUAAUACUAAUGAUUCCGUUGGUUUAUGUUUUGUGGGAUUUAAAAUAUAUAAUGAAGAUAUUGCCGGUUUGGCUUAGCAGUAAUUUAUUUUCCGUUUCAAAACUUCACUCACUAUAAGUCGCUUGGAUCUAUAAAAAGGAAUUAAUUCACGAGUGGCGCGCGGUCCACAUCAUUUGUUUUCGUCUUCAGUUGUCUACAAUAGUAUAGCUUAAAUUAUUGAUUAUUUUGUAAGCCAUUAGAUUUAGAAGGAUAUAUUAAUAA